AUGGUGUGGUUUCGAGCUGGUUCUAGUGUGAUGAAGCUUGAUGUACAAAGGACCAUGAAUCAGGAUGGUUCAUACGGACGAGGACACGCUCCCUACCUUCUAAAAAUCGUUCCUUUCACUCAAUCCUUUACAGACCAAACCCUAAAAGACAUGCUUCUGUUCCUUUCACUAAACCCUUCACAAGUCUCUGUUCCUUCCUCUCCCAUCACCACUAUCAUAUCAGCAGAUGAGUGGGACGUGAACAAAUGGGCAUGGGAAGGAGAAUUGAAAGUGGUGAGGAAAGGAGAAGAAUGCAUUAUUAAACUUGUAGAUAAAACCACUGGGGAACUUUACGCUCAGGCCUUUCUGCGUGAUGGUGAACCUUAUCAUGUAGAAGCCGUUAUCGACAGUAGCAGAUAUUUUGUUCUCCGAGUUGAAGAAAAAAUAGCAUUGCAGGUGGUCGUGUUCGAUGCUUUUAUUAGACUCGGGCUCCGGGAGAGAACUAAAGCAUAUGACUUCCAAACAGCACUACAUGACCAGAUGAAGUACUUGAACAAGAAGAAAACAGCAGACGAAAUGGAAAAACACUUUCAAAACACUUCAUCUAUCGAUUACAACUUAAAGGAAGGAGAAACCAUUGUUCUUCAACUAAAAAAAUACACAAAGUCUAAGUUGGUGGAUAAGAGUCUCAGUAAAAUCAGUUGGAAGCAAAGGGAUGUUCAUGCUGAUGCACAUUACUCUGAUCUCGCUCUUGUAACAUGUGAUGUCGAUGAGAUAGCUGCUGGUUCGAAGUCUAGCUUUGUUCAUGCUGAUGCACAUGGCUAUUGUUUGGUUUAUAUAUAUUUUGGAUGCACAUGA